AUUUGAAUAGAUCUCGCCUCAUCAGCGGCUCUGACUCAGAGAGCUGCCUGUCAAGCAUCAGGAACCCGACGGAGCGUCUGAGGACCGCGCAGCCCUCCACACCCAGACAUCAACCGCCGCAUCUCUCAGUCUUUAGGUUCCACUCCACACUCAGGGUUUGGCCAUGGCAGCACCAGCAAUUCCCCCAGAAGAGAUGGAGGAGCUGAGAGAGGCCUUCGCCAAGAUUGACGUGGACAACAACGGCUUCAUCAGCAAAGACGAGCUGAACGAGCUCUUCAAGGCGGCCAACCUGGCUCUGCCAGGAUACCGAAUCCGAGAAAUUGUCCAGGAGCUGACCAAGACCAGCGACCAGCUCACCUUUGAGGAGUUCACUCAGAUGGUCCAUGGGCUCAAGAGCAGCGAGGUGGCCAAGACCUUUAGGAAAGCCAUCAACAAGAAGGAGGGAAUCUGCAGUGUGGAGGGAACCUCGAAGCAGUCUGGCACUCAGCAUUCCUACUCAGAGGAGGAGAAAGUGGCCUUUGUAAACUGGAUCAACAAAGCCCUGGAGAAGGAUGCCGACUGCAAACAUGUCCUCCCCAUGAACCCAGACAGCGACGACCUCUUCACUGCCAUGGGAGACGGGAUCGUCCUCUGCAAAAUGAUCAACCUGUCAGUGCCGGACACCAUCGACGAGAGAACCAUCAACAAGAAGAAGCUCACACCGUUCACCAUCCAGGAGAACUUGAACCUGGCUCUGAACUCGGCGUCGGCCAUUGGCUGCCACGUGGUGAACAUCGGAGCCGAGGACCUGAAGGAGGGCCGGCAGCAUCUGGUCCUGGGCUUGCUGUGGCAGGUCAUCAAAAUCGGGCUGUUUGCCGACAUCGAGCUCAGCCGGAACGAAGCUCUGAUCGCUCUGCUGCGUGAUGGAGAGAGUCUGGAGGACCUGAUGAAGCUGUCCCCCGAGGAGCUGCUGCUGCGUUGGGCCAACUAUCACCUGGAGGAGGCCGGCUGUGGAAAGAUCAACAACUUCAGCGCCGACAUCAAGGACUCCAAAGCGUAUUACAACCUGCUGAACCAGGUGGCCCCGAAAGGAGAGGAGGAGGGAAUUCCAGCCAUCGUUGUGGACAUGACGGGAAUCAGGGAGAAAGAGGACCUUAAGAGAGCCGAGUGCAUGCUGGACCAGGCCGACCGGCUCGGCUGCAGGCAGUUUGUUAUGCCAGCGGAUGUCGUCCGUGGAAACCCCAAGCUCAACUUGGCUUUUGUGGCCAACCUGUUCAACAAGUACCCAGCUCUGAAGAAGCCGGAGAACCAGGACAUCGACUGGAGCUCCAUCGAAGGUGAAACCAGGGAGGAGAGGACCUUCAGGAACUGGAUGAACUCUCUGGGUGUGAAUCCCCGUGUCAACCACCUUUACGCAGACAUCGAUGACGCCCUGGUGAUCUUCCAGCUCUAUGAAAAGAUCAAGGUUCCUGUGGACUGGGACAGGGUCAACAAGCCGCCGUACUCCAAACUGGGCAGCAACAUGAAGAAGCUGGAGAACUGCAACUACGCAGUGGAGCUGGGCAAAAAAGAGGCCAAGUUCUCUCUGGUCGGCAUUGCCGGUCAGGACCUGAACGCAGGGAAUCGAACCCUCACCCUGGCUCUGCUCUGGCAGCUCAUGAGGAGGUACACUCUGAACAUCCUGGAGGACCUGGGUGAUGGACAGAAGGUGACGGACGACACCAUCGUGUCCUGGGUCAACGACACGCUCACACAUGCAGAGAAGAACACCAUCUCCAGCUUUAAGGACCUGUCUAUCAGCAGCAGUAUGCCGGUUCUGGACCUGAUCGAUGCCAUCCAGCCCGGAUCCAUCAGAUAUGACCUGGUGAAGGCGGAGGACCUGACGGAGGAGGAGAAACUCAACAAUGCGAAGUAUGCCAUCUCCAUGGCCAGGAAGAUCGGCGCGCGGGUCUACGCUCUGCCUGAAGACCUGGUGGAGGUCAAGCCCAAGAUGGUGAUGACGGUUUUCGCCUGCCUCAUGGCCCGCGGCAUGAAGAGAGCCUAAAGCCCAACUCAGCAACCUCCCACACAGAACCUGAAAGCAGACCCACAUAUUUGUCUGUAACCAUGGUUACAGACAAAUAUCUGUAUUCAGUCGUUGAUGUCUGCUCUGGAGUUUCAUUGAGAGAAACUUUGAGAACGACCAAACAGAAAGUGAAUUUGAAAACAUGAGGAUCUAGAAAUUCGUUUUCACUUGAAAAUGAUCAGAAUUUUCCCUUAAAACAGUUUUAAGAAUGAAGCCGCAGAACUAAAUCGAAACACUUUGAUUUUUGUUGAAAGUCUGUCCUUUGAAAGCUCCAGCGUCUCUCUGGAUUUCUGAUCGGUUUCUAAACCAGCUUCUGGCACAAGCUGGGUUUGGAACUGAAGCAGCUUCAUUUUGCCGCAAGCUUGAAACAUUUGUGUCUUCGUUCCACUGUUUCUGAUUUACAAACAAAACACCUUUCAGGUGCUUUAACAGAUGUGAGUUUUUAAUAAAACAAAGAACUAUUUCUGAAGUUAAA